UCCAGGCUUCAUUAUGGUCAAUCUCAAGCUCACUAUCCUUGAUGCCCAAAACAACCCAGUCUAUGACACCACUGUUAGGAUCAGUGAUGCUGGAGGUGAAUCCAAAUUCUUAGUUGUCCCUGUCAUGACAAACAUUGUAGAUGUCUCCAGCGUUAUUCCUCAAGAUGGUAGUCUUGGGGUUGUCGUCAGCAAAAUGGGAUAUACCAGCAAUGCCGUUCGUUGGAGUAGUGGUGACUCUGAAGUGUUUGAAAUCAAACUACUGCAACUCAAGUCAGCCACUGUAGAGAUACUGGGAGAUGAAGUGCUGAUCAAGACGGAUGUAAAUGCGUAUGGCCAACAAGCCACGUUCCAGUUUGAACCGGCACUCAUCAAUGGCACAACCAUCAACGCUGGAUAUGUCUUAACGUCGGACCUUAGUCUCAUUCCAGCAAUUAAUACUGCUGGUAUUGAUGACUCCAACUCGGUCAGGCUUAAACCCCUUGGUGCACUUGAACUGACCAUCAGUGACCAGAACUCAGGGUUGGUGGUUCCGAUUGGAGGAAAUGUGGAUAUGAUGGUACCGUUAGAGCAAGGAUUGAAUGUGAAAGAUGGAAUGGAGAUUGAGAUCUGGACAUACAACGAGACAACAGCAUUCUGGGAGGAGGCAGGCACAGGCGUGAUCAUCAUUGACCAGGAUUUGCUUGUCUACUGGAGCUUCACGGCACCUCAUCUGUCGUGGUGGAUGGCAGUAGAAAGACAGGACACAUCCACUCCCAGACCUCCGAUCAAGACUGUGGAUCCUACCAAGAGGCCCAAUAGCAGCAACCUCCUUCGCACUCAGCUGAUUGUCUAUACUUUGAUUGCGGUUCUUCUUUUCUCUCCUUUAAUCAUAAUCAUAGUCUGCAUCAUUCGUUGUGCUCGAAAGAAAAGUGAUCCCAAAAAAGAUUCAAUGAGAGGAACUCUGCCAGUUGAGUCCAGUGAAAUGGAGAUAGAAAUGCAUCCUAGGGGGCUUUCUAACAAGGGCAUGACCGCUGACACAGUAGCCUUAGAGGUCAAUGAUAACGAGACAGCUGGACCAACAGAUCCAGAUGCUUCAACAAGUCGGGCAGAAAUCCAGUUCAGAACGUAAUGAUUAAUCACCAGUGCCACAACCCCAAACACGGCAUCUUCUUUCCCGUAAUAAGGAUAAGGCCCACCAAUCAAAAUUGGCGAAAGAAACUUAUUUAUUUUUCUUGAGUAAAUUUGGUAGGGCAGGUUCUUUCUGAAACUGACUAGUGUUGAACACAGAAGAAUUCGAGAAAAUUAGUGUAGAUAUCUCGCAGACAAAAACUGCUGAAAAGCUUUUAUCCAAGCGUCUAAAUAUCAGUGCAGUGUGACUUUUUAAAUGUGUUUUGUACGUAGGUAACCUUCCAAACGUCUCAGGAAAAGGAUACAUCUCGUUUGAGAAUGAGGGGUGAAUCCAAUAACAAACGUAACAAUUAUUACUAUGCUUGUUUUCAGUGAUCUUUUUACGGAGGUGUAUGUAAUCAUUACUUUUCAAUAAAUGCUCAAGUUGGGGACCUCUCAUGUUGUGGCAAUGUAAAAAGUGGAAAAAAAUAAUUCUAUUAUAGAAACUUGGACAAAGGAUAUUGUUUUGUCAGUUUGUGCUUGUCUUUCAAAAUAUAAUAAUUGGCACGUGUCUAAACUGUGAAGGCUCUGCGUUGCAUGAAUUUAGAAAUGAACAGUAAUUUGCAAAUGCAGUCAAUAUUUUGAGGAAGCAAAGUACAGUGAAGUUUUGUUUUGUGGCAGUGUGAAGAUCGCUUAAGUUAAAUGUUAAACUUUAGUUCUAUGUGUAACAAAAAAAAUAUAUUUUUCACAACGUUUUCUACCGUGUCAUGAAUGUCGCCAUUUAUAACGUUUUUACUCAACUUUGAUCGCAAAUACGUGUAGAAUAUUAUUACUUUCAUAGUGUUAAGACUUUAAAUAAAGGAAUAAAUACGUAUGUUCUUUUCCGGUCUAAAACGUUAAACAUAUAUUUAUUCCCAUUCAUAAAAUACCUCGAGUGGGAAAAUUAAAGUAAGACUAGUUUAAUCAUUUCCAACGAAUUUUAUCAACUACUGUGCAUUAUUUUUUAAAACAUGCUAUGACCGUCUCGCAAGCUGUCUUUACAAACAUUCGGUGGUCAUUGUCACUGGCACGGUGCAUACUGCCAGUCUUUGUCAACUGUUUAAGACUAGCCUCGUAAAGGGUAUUCGACCAAUAGUAAGGACUAAAUGUUACACCUGAAACGUAAUAUGUUAUGGACAUUUGUUGAGUAAUUCAUCGAAUUUGAAAAAUUGCAACUUUAAAAGCUAAAUGUUUCUAAAUUGAGACAGUUGAUAUAAUAUGUAAUGUAGCUUUAUUAUUUAUUUCGGUUUUCAAGUGCUGGUUUACAUCGGGUGGCACAUUUUAAGAUAUUAGUUUUUAGUAGUGUCUUCACUUUAUCAGCAAGGGAAGUAUAUUCAGUUUUGUUUAUAUUCUGGGGAAAAUCCGAAUCAACCUUGGGCACAAUGUAAUUGCAUUUAAUUGAAUUUUUGGUUUAUCUGUUUCCAAUUUCAAUAUUUUUUACAUAAAAAUGUGUCCCAAAACGUAAAGAUUCGUCCUUUUUAAGGGAUAACCUGUUUACAAGAUUUUAGACCUUCGUAGGAAAUGUACACGGGAACAUUGCAUACACUUGUAAAGAAAUAAUCUUAUUGCACACAUUUCUGUCGACAAACAAAGUUACUCCAACACAUUUAUGUGAAUAAGGAAAUCUAGUCAAAAGUAUGUUUGGAUUAGUGAUCACACGGACUGUUUGGGGGUUUCCUUUCUCACGAAAACAAGGAAAUGAGUGCAAAGGCGACGUAGUAUAUAUGUAUUUCCAUCGGUGAUUUAAAAUGAUCGUCCGACUGUCUGCUGUCAAUUUCGUGAAAUAAUCUAAUGCCAGUGAUAUAUGUUGACAAAUGUUUAAUUUUAACGUGAAGACAACUGUAGUCUGGACGUUUGCACGCAGGACUGCUAGGGCCAUUCUUUUUUUUUA